AUGGCGAUGAGGUCACAUCAGAAACACUAUGCCAUUUGUAUCUUUUCUAACGGACAAGAAUUCUAUCAACACGGACUUAUGCUACAGAUCAAUGGAGUAGAACAUAUGCAAGAUCUUCGUCAUUCGGUCGUGCAAGGCAACGGAUUGUUCCGUCUUGGGAUUGGAGGAUUACGAUUUGAAGACGGAUGUUAUACCGGUGAGGUGACACGGUUAGACGAUGUAGUAUCUGCACCACUACCUCUUUUACAACCAUGGUCGAAGCCAUCGCAUGUGAUUACCACUCAAUCUACACCCACACGUAAAGUAAGUCGGCCUAGACCUUGUUCGAUGCGAAUCAGUAGUUCAGCACCCAAUCAUCACUAUGUAGCUGCUUCUAGUUGUCCUGGUUCGGUGUAUCGAAAGACAUGGGCUAUGGAUUUUAGUAAGAAGCCUAGUUCACCGCCUCCUACCCCAACAUUUAAAAAACAACACACUAAACUACCUUUGAGUCAAAGCGUGGAAGAUAUGUAUGCACAGUUUUGUAUGAUGGUAUGGAAAUAUGUUUCAGAAAACGAAAGAUGGAUAAUGCAAUACGAUUGGUAUGUGCAACAGGGAAAUCGUGAGGCGAUGGUGUGGUGGGGAGCUCAUAUUUUACCCUUGACAUUUGAAGAGAAAAUGUCAGUUUUGAGCACCGAUUCUGUACGCGAACGGAUGGUGAUGUUGAUCACUUUGAUCAACAAAUGA